UAGUUUCAAUAACCGGUACACUCAGUGUGAAAGUGACUGUAGAACGGUGCGCACGUCAUUCAGGCCUUGAAGAGAGACUCCGGGGACCCGACCUCCGUCUCUCCCUUCUCUUCCUCGUGCGUACCUACGAUGUUUGUCGAGUGACUUUGAUGUCUGGAAAUGUGAUUAAAAGUUGAGAAGUGCGUGAAAAACCGACAAUGCUGUGCCACGCACUAUCCUGUGCUCGGAUGUUCGUGCUCGUUGUUCUACUGCUUGCACUCUGCCAAGUGUCGUGUAGUACGAAGCCGGUCAUCUCUCCGAGUGAAAAACAGCUGGUGAUAAAUGAAGGUGAUCCCUUAAAGAUCGAGUGUACCGGGAACACUCGGAUCAACUUUACCUACCCACUCACCAAAGACACGGUAAACACUUCUGAGACGAGAACGACCGAGAAGGAAGAAGAUGGCGUUUUCACGUUCACCUUAGAACGGGUGUCAACCGUUUUCGGCGACACCGGUUGGUACAGUUGCGCUGAUGAAAAUAUCGAUAUCGAGACUUUGGAUAACCAUAACGAUCCCGAGGUGAACUGGCUAUACGUUUACGUAAGAUCCAAUAUAAGCUUCUUCGUGGAGCGAGUCAACUAUCAUCCUAUUGACGUGUUCGCCUCGGAAGACGUCUUGAUACCGUGCAGGCCUACAUCGCCAGACUUAGUGGUCAACUUUGUGCCAAGCGACAAUGAAGAGGAACUGAAGAACAUAACGUCGUUUGACCCGAAAAUUGGUUUCACGAUUAGAAAUAUUCGAGUGAUACACAGCGGCGAUGUCUCGUGCAUGAUCGAAAAGAACGAUGAAAAGCAGAUAAUGAACUAUAUGUUGUACGUAGAAAAGAACUACCAAGUGCCUGUGCCGUUCAUCAUCGAGAAUUUUCAUUAUAUCACGUAUGGCGAAAAUCUUACCAUCAAUUGCACGAUGGAAUUACAGUAUUCUGUAAAAUAUAUGAUAAAUUGGUUCCAGAAUUCGAAAAUGUUGCAGAACAACAGCAGAAUAAACAUUCAGGGUAUUAGAGAACCCAUCAGUCCCAGUAAUAUCCGUGUCACGUCUCAGAUAACGAUAUUUAACGUAACGGCCGAGGACGACGGGAAGUAUGAGUGCCUUCUCAAGACGUCUCGCGGGAGUAAAAGGACGUCGAAGAACAUUAAAUUACAUGAUCCUCAAAUAAGAUUCAUUAAUCUUACGUCUCAACAUGUCGAAACAUAUUAUCUGGGAGAUAAAGAUGAUAAUGUGAAAUGGGUCGUUUACUUCGUAGGAUAUCCGAAACCCGAAAUAAAAUGGUUUAAAUCGAACGACAAGGAAAUUUUAAGAAAUGUACCAUCAAAAUACAAAAUAGAGAUAAUGCCGACAUAUACUUCUUUGGAAAUAAAAUCAUUAGAGAUCUGGGAUACGGGAAAUUAUUACAUCGAAGCUAAUAAUAAUUACAUGGCCAAAACGAUAAACUACACGCUGGAUGUCUCAUCUAAGCCGGUGACCAGACUCACUAAUAUUCAGCCUUACUAUACGCCCAAUGAAACUGUGAAUUUUAUUUGCGGCGUGUUAGCUUUACCGUCGCCGAAUAUAUCGUUGACUUUCCGCAAGUGUCCUAAUUAUCCGUCGCGUAUAAAUUCAACAGACAUACAACUGGCGAAUACAUUCAUGGAAGAAUUCGGUCAGAUCAACUUCAGUUUGACGGCCAACAUAACGAUUGAGACGUCAGGAAUAUUAACGUGCGAGUCCUGCAACGAUUACGGCUGUGAUAAGUCGACUGAAGUUAUCUUCGUGUCCGAUGGAACAGGUGCUUUCGGUAUCAUCGCACCAGAACAGCCGAUCACGAGUGGCGACGACGUGGAAUUGACAUGCGCCGCUUCCGUAUACAAUUACACGGAUAUGCUAACGUGGAAAAAUCAAAAGGACGAACCCAUCAAAGAAACAGAAAGAAUUGAGAUUAUACGUCGUGAAACUCCGUUCACCUAUCGAUCAAUCUUGAAGAUCUAUCCUGUCCAGAAAUCAGACUCUCAGAAUUACAUAUGCUACGGACAAUCCGCAUCGUUAGACAAUCCAAUUUCAAUAUCUAUGCUUUACACAUUGGAUGUUAAAGAGCCAGUGGCACCUUUCUUCAAUUCUUCGACCAAUAUGAACGAGACCAAAGUGAAGAAUAUUGACGAGGUUAAGGAUGGUCGCAAAACGAUAGUUUUAAAGUGCUUCGCGGGUGGUAUGCCGAAGCCUGUAGUAACUUGGUACAAGGUAUAUGUCGUUUCCCUACGUUCGUCUUUGUUCGGUGAAAUUGAGUUCUACAUUUUUCGAUCAUUAUUCCAGGACAACGUGAAGCUGAACGAAAACGCGCAGUACAACUUCACAAAUAAUUAUCAGGAGCUUAAGAUAAAAUAUAUAUCGCAAUCCGACAGUGGAACGUAUUCGUGUCGCGCCACUAAUCGAAUAGGCGAAAAAGAAACUUUCCAACGGAUCAUAGUGAACGGGAAAUGGCAUAAUCACGAUAUAAUAUUAAUAUCGUCGAUAGCGGUUCUGGUUAUUAUAUUGUUGAUUUUUGCAAUCUGCUUUAUAAUAAAAUUCCGCCGUGAAAAGAAAAUGAGGAAGGAAUUGAUGGAAGCAGGUCUUAUGCACUUCGAGGAAGGCGCCUUGGAGUGUUUAAAUCCAGACUUGACGGUCGACGAUCAAGCGGAAUUACUUCCUUACGAUAAGAAGUGGGAAUUUCCGAGGGAACGGCUAAAGCUCGGGAAACAACUUGGUAGCGGUGCGUUCGGGGUGGUGAUGAAGGCGGAGGCGCAAGGAAUAUGCUUAAGCGAGACCGUCACCACCGUCGCGGUGAAAAUGGUACGGCGAACCACCGAUCCGACUUAUGUCCGCGCGCUCGCCAGCGAACUUAAAAUAAUGGUGCAUCUCGGCAAGCAUCUCAACGUCGUCAACCUUCUCGGCGCAUGCACGAAGAAUAUUUCCAAACGCGAGCUGUUGGUGAUCGUCGAGUAUUGCCGCUUUGGCAAUUUGCAUAAUUACUUGUUGAGACACAGAGGGGGUUUUAUCAAUCAGAUCGAUCCCAACACUGGAAAGCUCGAUAACACCAUCGGUCUGGAUGUGUUGACGAGAACUGUCAGUGUCAGUAGUAAUAACAGUCUUAGUGCGAAUUCGGGCAUCGAUACGGUGCAAUAUUGUCCGGCAAGUAGUUCGGACUCUCAAGAUAUCUGCUUGUCACCAAACGGCGGCUGCAUUUUGAGCAAUAAUUCAUCUCAACCGGGCUGGAGAUCGAAUUACCGCGGUGACUACCAAGACCACAAUCUCAAACCGAUUUGUACGCAGGAUCUAUUGUCUUGGGCGUUCCAAGUAGCACGCGGGAUGGAAUACCUGAGCCAAAGGAAGGUGUUGCACGGUGACUUGGCGGCGAGGAAUAUCUUGCUCGCCGAGGACAACAUUGUGAAAAUAUGCGAUUUCGGUCUGGCAAAGAACAUGUACAAAGACGGCAAUUAUAAAAAAAAGGGCGACGGCCCAUUGCCAAUUAAGUGGAUGGCUAUCGAAUCCAUAAGAGAUCGAAUCUUUUCAACUCAAUCAGAUAUAUGGUCCUAUGGAAUAGUGCUCUGGGAGUUCUUCACUUUAGCCGAGACGCCGUAUCCCGGCAUGGAAGCCGAGAAGCAAUAUCAGAAACUGAUCGAAGGCUACAGAAUGGAGCAGCCGGAGUACGCCAUGCGCGAAAUCUAUGACAUAAUGCUACAAUGCUGGAAGGCUAAGCCCACCGUGCGACCAAGCUUUACAGACCUCGUUACGAGCAUCGGCGAUUUACUGGACGAAAGUGUGAAAUCGCAUUAUAUCAGCCUGAACACACCUUACAUGGACAUGAACACGAUGAGCCUGGAGGGCGGCAAAAACGAUUAUCUGACGAUGAUGUCCGCGCCAGACCAUACGACUCUGUCGUCACCCAGCAACUAUGUAAAUUCGCCAUCCCCAGAGAGUAACAUGGAUCCUGCAUACUUAUGUAUGAGUCCCGGUUAUCAGACGGACGAGUCCGGCAUAUUUAGUCCCAGACCGCAGGAUCGUUCUCAUUUCGAGUUUCCAUCGCCGGCAUCGGACUCCGAGGACGCCGUCGAGCAGUCGCCUAUGCUCAAGCAAGACUUUGACCCGUACCUGAAACCAAUCAACGUCCAAGAACGGAGAGCCGAGUUUGCGCGACAGAGACAAGCGAUGAAGGAUCAGAUGACCGAUCAGCCAAUCGACCGACCUAUCGAUCGAGAUUCCGGUUACUGUAACGCGCCGCGAAAUUUACAUUUGAUCGACCUGGACGGCGUGGACGAGAACGACGCAGCCAAGAAGCAAGCGGAGCAAGCGGACAAGACAACAGACUCGCGGAAGAGGAACUAUCCGUCGUCCAUCAUCAGCACACAAGACAAUUACGUGAAUAUGCCAAAGCAGAAAAGCGAUCUGCGAAAUGACAUGCCGGACAGCUUCAGCAAUCCGAGCUACGUGAUAAUGAUUAAUCGCGAGACGGACCAGUGAAUUUAGUCCGCGAGAUUCGACGUGUGUGCUCAUACGUACACGGUCGUUUCAAAUGCAGAAUUCAAGAUGUGCUCGAGUUCGUAACGUCGCGUCGGCGAUUUGUCCUACGACUUUCCGCGCCAUUAUAGUUCCACUGAUCGUGUCCUUCCGUCGUAAUCGAUAUCGCCUGAUAUUAACGUCUGAUCUAAUACUUCGCGAGAUGCUUCUCGAGUAUGUGCCAUGACGAUAGACAGCGCAUCAGGAUUACUAGGAAUGUCGGUGAGUAAACGUCAUUUAGACACGAAAGGAACUAUCCGUUUUUAAUUAUGACGGAAUCAUCUCACGAAUCACGUUCGAUUGAUAGAUAACAACGUCGUUUUCGAUUCUUAGAAAUCGACUGAUUCUCGAGUGUCGGUGUGAUACAUUUGGAAAAUACAUCACAAGAGUUCUAAAGGUUUAUCAUUACUACGAAUCCUUUCUUAUCGUAUUAUAUUAUACGUGAAUAAAUGACUAAUCGCGAGUAUUCGACAUGUAAGUAUCUGUGGACAAAUGAUUUAUUUGUCUUGUAUGGAAUCUAUCGUUGAGAUAACCGAUAAAUUAUCGCUUGUCCACAUAUCAGUCGUUCCGAAUCUGAAUACUUAAUUAGCUUUUAAUGUAAUAGAAUAUCAUUGUCUAUAAUAAUAUUGUUAUAGCAUUAAUGACACUCACACAUAAAGUACAAUGUAAUAUAUGUCAGUGAGAUAAAAUACUAUGUGGCGAAAAGAUGUGAGGAGAAAACCAAACUUUUGUUCCAUCGAUGACAUUUUCAUGAUUCUUAUUAGUAUCUAUUUGAAAGACUAUUCUUCAUAACAUUUUUUAUUUCCUUAUUUUACAACAAAAUAUAUUUUUAUAUUACUACA